AUGAGCAAUACCAACUCAGCAUCAUCACCCUCUCCUAUGCGCUGGGUCUUAAAUCAAGACGCGCGUAAUUGUUCUGGAAUUAUGUGCCCCCCAGACACUCUUUGUUUGCGACCAGAACAUUUUUCUGUUCCGACACAUUGUGUCCAUAAAAGUGUAAUGGACAACGUUGCCAAACACCUUUCGAAUGGGCCGGUUUAUUUGUGCAAUGAUGGGAUUAUUCAGAAUGUCAUUGUGGCGAUGCUUGUGAUAGCUCUGUUCUCUUUGUUCUACUGGCGUUCGUCAUUUAAAAAACUUUCCGACAACAAAAAGGAGAAAAAGAAUACCCGAAAAGAUGGAUAUAACAAAUCUCUAAGUCCUUCAAUAUGCAAUACUUUAACAACUAAUCUUGAGUUAAUGACUCCUCGAUUGGAGCUGCCUACUCGAUCGAACCCAACCCACUUAUGUGAAAGAAGUGACCAAUAUACUAUUUUGACUCCUAAAUUGUUCGACCCCUCCGCAAGUACUGGUCGGCGUUAUGAAAGAAAUGAUCAAUCAGCAAAUUCGAGUUCAUUCAGUUCUGAAUACUCUGCACCUUAUAAUAAUGUUUAA